CGGCGCGCAUCCCCCACCAAUUACCGCCGGUUAUGACAAGCACGCUAGUAACGACUGCUUGUUGUCAACCGAUAUACACCCGGUGCCAAAUAUCACAGCUACCUGUUGACUAUUAGUCUAACCGUGCUACUGUGAACACGUGCGUACGUUUCGUUUUUUUAUUCUUUUGCAUUCUUUUGCUAUUGUUUUUUUGUAUUUAAUUAUCAAACAAUCGUUGAUAAUUAUUAUGGACCAACCUGGACAUCCAAACGAUCAUCGAUCACCAGUAAAGCGGAAUCGAAGAGGAAAGUUUGUUUGUUCUCGCCAAAAGGAGAUGAUAAUUAAUGCCUACAAAAGUAAAUUGGAAGCUAAUCCCAAGCUUGCUAUAAGAGAGGCUCGUGUAAUUCUUUCCAAAGAAUUAGGCAUUGGUAUAACCACAAUAUCCAACACGCUUUCCGAGUAUGGCAACUUUAAAACAGUAUCAUCACCGAAUAGGACGAAAAUUUUCAAAAAUAUCAAUGUUAAGGUUGAUGAUUUUGACAAAGAAGCGAUACGAAGAAAAGUUCAUCAGUUUUGGGUAAAUCGUGAGUUGCCAAAUUUAAAUAAAAUUUUAAGUGUUGUAAAUGAAGAUGACACUUUACCGGACUUCGCAUUGACAACACUAUGGCGUCUUUUGAAAUCAAUGGGUUUUCAAUUUUCAAAAAGAGGACGCAACAGUGCAUUAAUUGAAAAUGAUGACAUUCGGGCACGGCGUAGACGGUAUAUCAGGGAUAUAAGGAAAUAUCGAGAGGAAGGCCGACCGAUUUAUUACCUGGAUGAAACGUGGGUGAAUGCCGGAGACGUGGCAAUACGAGUAUGGUGUGAUACAACCGUUAAAUCGAGCCAAGCUGCAUUUUCCCAGGGUCUUUCUACCGGAGCAGUUAACCCCACCGGAAAGGGAAAACGGCUCAUAGUGUGUCACAUCGGCUCUGAAGAUGGAUUUGUUUCGGAUUCGUUAUUAUGCUUUGAGUCGAAGAAAAACACCAACGAUUAUCAUGAUGAAAUGAAUGGUGAUAGUUUCCGUGAUUGGUUGGAAGGUGUUUUAACGAGGCUCAAAGAUAAUGCGGUCAUAGUUAUGGACAACGCGCCAUACCACUCGGUGAAGUUGGAGAAAUGCCCGACUUCAAACUGGAGGAAGGCUGAUAUCAUCCAAUGGCUACAGGGUAAAGGAGAAGUUGUUGACCAAACUAUGAUAAUACCGGAACUACUGGAAGUUGUUAGAAGGAUAAAACCGAUCUACAACAAGUACGUCAUCGACGAGAUGGUUUUACAACAGAACAAAACAGUGUUAAGGUUACCACCUUAUCAUUGCGAGCUCAAUUCAAUUGAGUUAGUUUGGUCUGUUGUAAAACGUCACGUAAAAGCCAACAACAAGACAUUUAAAUUACCUGAUGUCAAAAACCUCUUGGUCGAAGGAAUAGCCAAAGUGGACGCUGAAAUGUGGAAGAACUUCGUAAAGCACACAAUUGAAGAGGAAAAUAAGUUUUGGACCUUAGAUGACACGGUAGACGAAUUGACGGCUGAACAAAACAGAUUGGUUAUGACCAUAGGAAAUAGUGACACUGAAGAAGAUGACGAUUUCGAUCUUUUAUCAGAUUAA